AUGCUGUCGCUCGGCCGCCGGCUCCUCAUUUCGGGCCUGCUCGGCGGCGGCUGCUUCACAGCGACUCGCCGGCCGGGCUCUGCUUCCGACGUGGCCGCGCUCUACGAGGCGGAUGACGGGUCGGUCGCCUUUGCGCUGCCGCAGGGCUGGAUCGGCGUCACUCUCCCGGAGCAGGAGCGUGCGUCACGCGGGCACCUUCUGUCCGUGCGAGCGCAGCGGCUCGACGGCGGCGCGAGCCUGCAGGCGGUCGUCGACGGAGGCUCCCGAGGCCGACGGUACGGCGACACGCUGCGAGAUCUCGGCUCGCUGGACGACAUCGCUCAGGGUCUCGUCUCGAACGAGCUCUUCAACGACGACGACGCAAAGUCGGCGGGAGUGGUGUCGGCGGAACAGCUGCCCGCGGCUGGCCCGGCCGAGUACUACGUCGUGCGUUACCAAGUCGGCGCCAAGCCGGCCAUCGCCAAGCUCGCCGUCCUGCAGCAGCGGCUGUACUGCCUCCGGGCGGCCGUAAGCUUCUUCGAGGAGGCGAGCCCGCUGCGCGUCGAGCUCGAGGCGGUCGCCGCGUCCUUCCGCGCGGUCGCCGUCAACGCAGACUGCCUCGAGCGCAGCAACCGCGGCCGCGCGCCAGGCGAGGGCGCGUGCCGGCCGCUGCGGCGGACAGCGCCGCUGAUGAGCGCGGCGGCUGUGCGGGCGGCGAGCGGCGGCGUCCGCGUUCGCAUCGUGCACGGCGGCUGCUCCGAGCGCCAGGCGAAUGCGCUGGCGUACCGGCUGCAGACGAUGUUCGGCCCGCAUGGCUUUUCUGUGAGCACGGUGGCGGACGCGGCGGGGAGAGACUCAUUCGAAGUCGAAUGCGACGGCGAGCUGCUGCACUCGAAGCUCACCAGGUCGUUGCACGGCGAUGGCGGCUGCGAGAGCGAGGAGGAGACCGCCGUCCUGGUCGCGGCGAUCUGCGAGCGGCUGGGACUCGACGGGUCCGCGCCCGUGAGGUUGUACCGGGAUGGGUGA